AUGCACCAGAGUAGUACGAGUGCAACAUACUUUAAACGUUAUCUUGCACUCGUAGUACGCCUUUCCAAUUUCUACCAGUUACCACCACUUGAAAAUAUAAGUACCAAAAAACAACCGUUUUCCGAACCGGAAGUUAUUUGUUUAUCGGAUUCUGAUGAUUCUUCUGUCUUCCUUCUAUCCGAAUCCCCAUCGCCCAAGCCUGAUGCAGUGGUUCCUGUGCUGGAGUCGUUAAUAAAUGGCGACAGUGAUAAGACAGUUUUUGGAGAUGAGAAUAUUCCUCCCCUCUACGUGGCGCCGCCCCCAAGUCCAUCGUGGAGGGAUGAUUGCUGUGAUGAAGACCACGAGAAAUUAGCGCUGGGCUCCGUGUCGGAUGAUUUGGCCGAAUUCAUCGCCCAUGACCAUAGUUCUUUCUACGAAAGAGAAAACGAUGAAACUACUCGAGAAGGGAUCCCCAAAGCAGGCCUUUCCGAUUAUAUCGACGAGGAUGUGUACGCUGCACUCGGCAGUGCCGGUUGGGAAGAGGCUGCCUGGUUGAUUAUCCAGUCGUUUUUUGACGACAAAGGCCUGGUCCAGCAGCAGUUGGAUUCGUUCAAUAAAUUCGUUUCCACGGAUCUUCCAGAAAUUGUCACCAGUUCAUUACCGAUUGUCAUAAGAAAAAAGGAUGAAAGUUUUGGGUUGAAAGAACCGAACCCUGAAGACUUGAUAUGUUAUCGGUACACCUUCGAAGGCGUUGGCAUCUCUUCCCCGUUUCGUGAAGGCCGAACGAGUGAUUCUGGGGUUUCGGUGCUGCAUCCUCUGGAAGUCAGGCUUAGAGAUCUCACAUAUGAUUGUAACUUGUGGGUGGAUAUCAAAGAGACAAUACAGAAACAUGGAUGUGCUGAUGAAUCGAGUAUUGAAAAGAUUUACAUGGGACGGUUGUCCAUCAUGGUGCGGUCUGACUACUGCCAAAUGCAUAAUCAAAAUGACCCGGUUGUGGUUAGCGCGAUGGGUGAAUGCGUCCACGAUCCCGGAGGAUAUUUCAUUAUCGAUGGAUCCGAAAAGAUAGAUAAUAUUCGUUAAAAAGUUUGGCCAAACCGGUCGUGCGUUUUACUGUGCUUAUUUUUUUUACAUUUUGGCAGUGAUUGCCGAAGAGCGUAUGGCUGAAGACCACCUCAGCAUCACGCGCGCACGAAUUCAAAGUACCAGUACAAAGCUGAAAUCCGAUCCGAUCCGUCCCGGAAACCGGGAACAAGACCGCAACUCCGUUGUGGAUAAACAUGAUUUCGAAGCCGCUGCAGUGUAAUUCCAUAACUGUUCUAUCAGUGGGAUAACCGAUUGUGACCAUCAGACCGUUUGUCAAGCAGGAAAUUCCUAUUACAAUCCUCUUUCGAGCUCUGGGUUUGGAGACCGAUCAAGAAAUUGUGCAGCUAAUCUCCCUGAACCAGGAGGAUAACGAAAUUCACGAAUGGCUGAAGCCGUCGCUGAUGUAUGCUCAAGCCAUUCAGACGCAAGAACACGCUUUGAAUUUCAUUGGCAAUCGCAGCGCAAAGCCAGCCGUCGUUAGGUCCGAAAGGAUUAGAUUCGCCAAGGACAUGCUCGAGAAGAAUGUUUUGCCACACGUUGGCACAAGAGCCGAUUGUUCACGACGAAAAGCGUUCUUCUUGGGCUACAUGGUCGACCGGCUAAUUCGCACAGCUAUGGGACGGUGCGAUUGUGUCGACCGGGAUCAUUAUGCGAACAAGCGCCUAGAGCUCGUCGGUCCGCUAUUUGCCACCCUCUUCCGUCAGCAGUUUCAAAAACUGCGGAAGGAAAUGACGCUUACGCUGGAGAAAGAGUUGCAAAGAAAGCCUAAUAUUACAACUGGGCUGAAUGUCGCAUUAGCCCUGAAGAGCCGGAUCAUCACGGAUGGCAUGCGCUACGCCCUGGCCACCGGCAACUGGGGGGAAGCCCGACGUUGUCAGACGAAUCGGGUUGGCGUCAGCCAAGUGCUCAGUCGGUUGUCGUACUGUGCUACUCUGUCCCAUUUGAGAAGAAUUCGAACGCCGUUUCCCACAGCGUCCAAGAUGGCUCGGCCCCGGCAGCUGCACAAUACACAGUGGGCAUCGUCUGUCCCUCCUAGACACCACCGAAUUGGUGGGCUUGAUCAAUAAUUUGAGUCUCAUGGCUUGUGUCAGUGUCGGAUCGGACGUUGUGGUUGUGCGCGACGUUCUGGAAGCCUGUAAAGUGGUACCGUUGUUAGAGAUUGACCCGGCUAUGGCAGCUAGUAUAUUGUACCCAGAUGAUUCGGCUCCUCGGAAAUGCGGCGCGCGUAUUUUUGUGAACGGAGAUUUCUUUGGUUUCCAUGAGGAUCCGGAGGAAGUCGUGCAGCUGAUGCGAAUAGCAAGGCAAAAAAAAGACAUUUCUUUCGAGGUUUGAGCAUUUUCUUCGAGCCGGUGCCAUAGAAUACAUCGAUGUCAGGGAAAAGGAAAAGAUUCUCAGCGCGAUGUAUCCUAGUGAUUUGAAUUUCGCGUCGCGAAAUUGCACGCACUGCGAGAUCCAUCCUUCGAUGAUUUUGGGUGUGUGUGCGUCGACCAUACCGUUUCCGGAGCACAACCAGUCUCCUCGGAACACCUAUCAAGCCGGCAUGGCCAAGCAAGCCUUGGGUAUUUACGCGACCAAUUAUGCCAGUCGUUACGACAAUGAUUGCCAUGUUAUGUAUUAUCCUCAGCAGCCUAUCGUCAGCACGAAGACCGAACGGCUGAUCCUGAAAAACGACAAGCUGCCAGCCGGGGCGAACUGCAUCUUGGCCAUUGCUUCCUACACCGGCUACAAUCAAGAGGAUUCGCUUAUAUUAAAUACGGCAUCGUUGCAGAGAGGUCUUUCUCAGCACACAUUUUAUUGGACAUACGAAGCUACUGAGGAAAAGAAAAUCUCCGGUAAACAUGCAGAGUAUAAUCAGGUUCCGCCCACUCAGUGCGAAGGUAUGCGGAUGGAUGCCAUGUACAGCAAAUUGGAUCGCGAUGGCAUAAUUAGACCGGGAACAAGAGUGUCUGGAGCGGACUGUAUUAUCGGAAAGGUCAUCGAAAUGCGAAAUACCGGGGACGUAGCAAAAGACUAAGCCGGAAUUGUACAGAAGGACGCUAGCAUCUUUCUUCGUACUCAUGAAACCGGAAUUGUAGAUGCAGCUUUCCGAAAUACAAACGAUGAAGGACGGCCGUUUUGUAAAGUACGCAUACGAUCCGUGCGUAUACCGGUGAUGGGUGACAAAUUCACUACCAGUCAUGGACAAAAGGGCACAGUUGGAUUUUGUUAUCCAG